GAUAGGUUACCCAGGGAUAGGGAAGCUGAUGUGUUUCCUCCCCCCUGCUCCAGCUCAACCAGGAAGUAAAGUUUCUAUUUUCUCUGGGCUCAGAAGUUUAAUACCAGGCAAAGCAGAGGGGAAGGGGGGAGUGGACGAGGCCUCCCAGAAGAGGAGAUCAGAGUCACAGGGAUUACUGAUUACAUUUAUCCCUUCCCAAGAGAGGUGGGGGACUCCAGCAAAAGCCAUAAGCAGCCAAGCCACAACAGCCUGGCUCCAUGAGGCUAGAAAGGAUGAAAAUCUGUGUGAAGACCUAAGUUUCCAGAGGGGUCCAAGGUCUGUGCAGAUACCAGGCCAUCAGUGGAUGUAGAAAGGCGAGCCCCUAGCCUCUUCCCAUUGUAGCUCCUAGUUGUGGGAAAGGAUGACGACGCUCAUUCACAGAGGGCGGCGUGCUGACGUGGGCAAGAACGCCGACAAGAGGCUGGAGGGCGAGGAUGACGACUCGAAAGACAGAAACCUGGAUGAAGAGGAGUCUGGUGACUCCAAAGAUAUCCGCCUGACCCUCAUGGAGGAGGUGCUGCUCCUGGGACUGAAGGAUAAGGAGGGCUAUACGUCCUUCUGGAACGACUGCAUCUCCUCGGGCCUGCGUGGCGGCAUUCUCAUCGAGUUGGCGCUGCGCGGACGCAUCCAGCUGGAGCCGCUUACCAUGAGGAAGAAGAGGCUGCUGGACAGAAAGGUGCUCUUAAAGUCAGACACCCCGACCGGCGACGUCCUGCUUGACGAGACCCUCAAGCACAUCAAAGCCACAGAGCCUGCAGAGACAGUCCAGUCAUGGAUAGAGCUGCUCACAGGCGAGACCUGGAACCCCUUCAAGCUGCAGUACCAGCUGCGUAAUGUGCGGGAGCGCAUCGCCAAGAACCUGGUGGAGAAGGGGAUCCUGACCACGGAGAAGCAGAACUUCCUGCUCUUCGAUAUGACCACCCACCCAGUCACCAACGCCACCGAGAAGCAGCGCCUACUCAAGAAGCUGCAGGAGAGCGUCCUGGACCGGUGGGUGAAUGACCCGCACCGCAUGGACAGGAGGACCUUGGCUUUGCUGGUGCUGGCCCACUCCUCGGACGUACUGGAGAAUGUUUUCACCCCGCUUGCGGACGACAAGUAUGACACGGCCAUGAACAGGUCGAAGGACCUCUUGGACUUGGACCCCGACGUGGAGGCCACCAAAGCCAGUGCCACGGAGAUGAUCUGGGCUGUCCUGGCGGCCUUUAACAAAGCCUAAAUCCAGACCGCCUUGCCUGUUCGACGUAGCACGGGACCUUUGGGCAGAGAGCUGCCCUGGGCCGGGCCAGCGCAAACUCUGUUCUACAUGGCACCUGGGUUUCACUGAUGUCCAUGCCCGCCCCAACCUACCUCUCUUGGCUGGGAUUGUUGUGCUGGUAGAACGAGCGACUGUAUGUUGUAUGUCCUCUUCUCGUAAACACUUGCCUACGUGAAGGUCUUUGUCUCUGGGGUGGGGAGGGUUGGCUCACGGCUCAGUCGGCUCUCUCGUUUCACAUCACCUUUUGGAGAAUGGAGAUGUAGAAUUGCCGUUGGGAUGUAUUCUGCUCUUCUUUACUCUCCAUUCAUUUUUGUGGGCAGGGGUUAACUUGAGUUGACGGGGCCUGUUCCAUUCCUGCACUUGGGGCACUGACGAACGGGGUGGCUUUAAGCCACUUUUGCACUCCUUGUGUUCUGAGGCUUGCCUGGCCCCCCCACGGUGUAAGUUAGAGCAGUCCGGAGGCUGCUCUACAUUAUGCUCUGCUCCCCAUGGCGACCAGCGGGCCCUGGGAAGCAGGGAAUAGCUAUUACGCAGGGUACUCUGGACAUGCUCCUGAUCUCCAGGGUCGGGGGCAAAGCCACUGAAGAGCCAUGACGCCAGCUCCACUGUAGCCAAGGAAGAGGGGGGUGUUUCCCCAUUGUUGGGGCCCACCUGUGCUGCAGAGCACUGCGAAAGGGCCUGGGUGUUCCCAAGAACCAGGCUGGCAGAGUCUGACCUGGUCUGACACUCGCGCUGGUGUAAUCCUGCAGGGAUGCAGCUCCUAGCACGCACUGGAGUCAGAGAGAUCGGUAUCACGGCCUCUGAAACCACGGGGCUGUAGCUGCCCCUUUCCGCAGCAUGGCUAACUUCUUCACAACCUUUCCCGUUCAAUUUCUGCUGGGACAGGGAGGGCCCGAUACACGGCCACGUGACUCCUGGCAGAACUCCAGUGCGAUCUGUGCAGUCACCCUGCAGCAAAGCUGGUGGUGAAUGGGGCAACUGGCUACUGACCUGCUGUGACCUUUCAGUGCAACGCGGGAAGGAGAAUGCUUGGCUGGCUGAGCCAUGUUGGGAAAGACCCAGAAAUGAUCCGUGCACAGAGCCCAGUUCUCCCUGCCCUGCGUCAUGCAUGGUCUUUCUGCACCGGUGCAAAGUGAGCGUGUGGGUUACUUAGGCUGCUUGAGCCCUUUAAAGGUGAACACGACUGGUCAACUCCUGCAGCCCUCACUCGUGUGAAUAGCCGCCCAUCGGGGGUCUGCACUUGUGAGUGAAGACGACCAUGGCUGAGCUCUCAGAUCAGGCUUUCAGAGACCGCCCUGUGGAAGGGAGCCUGCACUGCUGGUAAAGCUGCUUAGGAAAAAUCGAAACAAAACUCAUUUUCCAUGGAAUUUUGUUGUUUUUUUUUUAAUAGCAAAAAAAUUAAAAUAUCAGGUGCCUCGUGGGAGUUGUAGUUCGGUCACCUCGUGUGCCCUUUUACAGGCUCCCUAGUUGGACUACAUCUCCCAUGGUGCACCACGUCUCAUCUCUUGGUGAGGGGAAGCUGUGCAUGAUGGGAAGCGCUAUGGCCAAUUGGCCAUGGUGCACUCGUGGAAAAUUUUCAGCCAGCCUUAACAAUGAGUGGAAUUGACUCAGUCUUUGCAGUGGAUCCGGAAAAGGCACAAAACGCAGCUGGUCUAAAAGUGGGAGUUUUUUAAGAAUAAGUAGCUUUUAAUGGUGUUGCAUGAUUUCUAGGUGGUCGUGUGAAGCCUCUGUGCCCAAGAGAAGGAUAUAAACUUCCCCUGUAGAGAGGUGGAUUUUAGAAAUCUAGACUGGAGCUUUCAAAGUCAUCUAAGGGACUGUGAAUUUCAAUGGGAAUUGGGUGCCGGACUCCUUUAAACAUCCCCAGAGCUAAUAAAUAAUUGCAGUAGGAUUUCUAGGCAAUGCUGCUGUACAGAUGGCACCGGUAUUCUGCUUAGCUUGUCUCUUACUUCCCCAUCAUCCUGUGCUGCCAUCCCCUGCCAUUGCAUCUGUGUUUCCUCUUGCAACUGAGUUUCCAGUGAGGUCUGUGAGUUUUCAGAGCUUGUUGGUGUCCGGAGUGAAAUGCCACUGAGGUGUUGAAAGGACGCUUGUGCAGGAAUCAGCCUCUUACGCUGACGGGCCCAAGUAAAAGGUUGAGGAGGCGUUACCCGGUGACAACGUAGACCUGUAAGGAGUAAUCUGAGCUACCUCCAGUUUGACUGUUAUGUCUGAAUGAGCGCCUAAGUCCACAGGCCAGGUCUUCAGCUGGGAUAAGCCAGCCUGGCACCAUCCACUUCAGUGGAUCUACAACCGUUCGCACCAGCUGAGGAUCUGGUCUCCAUUUGGGUAACACCUGCGCCAGUUCCAAGUAACUCCGGAUUUACACUGGGGUGAGAGGGGAACCCAGCUCUUGCGCUUAGAUCCACGAGGCCGUGAACUUCCCAAAUCGGACAACCGUGCCUAGAAGCAACCGGCCUGAUUCUGCUUGCAGUCGCACGGGUGUAUAUGACAGAAGGGAGUUAUGCUGUGGAAAGCCAAUGUAAAUGAGAUCAGGAUCAGGCCCACCAAUCUCCAUCUUGAGAGGAGAAAGGGAGCGAAUGCUAUUCGGCCAACUCAAUUCGGUUAUAACUGACCCUCCCUGUCUUUUUUUUUUUGUUUGUUUGUUUUUUAAAUCCUGCAAAAUUCUUUCCUGCCUUUUGAUGAUCAAUCCCUUUCCCAGCACAUGCUCCCUGCUCAAUGCAAAGGAGGAACAGACACGUUAGCAACAGGGAAUGGAAAGGAAGAUUCUGGGCUGACUCCUCAUUGACUUUAGUCAGGUAUUAGCAGCACAGGUGAUAAACAGGGUCCUGGACUCAUAGCGCCUUGCAAGCAGAGAUCAUCAAAGCAAAGAUAGUCUAGAUUUUGCGUUUACUACCUGUUGUCUUUCAUUCAUGUCCUCAGUUUGCUGUGAGCUCUGCAGAUAUUUGCUUACAGAGUCAGGUUCUUCUCUGCUAAUAGAGGGACACUAUCCUAGCCGCCCCAUGGCAUGCUGCCCCAAGCCAGAAUGUCCCCAGCUAAGCCAGGCUUUUGAGGUGAACAGCAUGGGGGUUGGAGGGGAGGGGAGGGGGAAGGAGAACUGCACCUGACCUACAUGCAUGACCGUAACACUAAUUGGAACCUGUGGUCCACUGGGGGGGAUACAUGGUGGGGGCACAAUGUGAAGCUGACGUGUAUUAGACUCCAGGACAUGGUUUGCUCUGUUAGAUGUGGAGUGUCUCCAUUGGCAUCAGUGGGUCAGAUUCUCAGCUGGGGCAAAUCAGCAUCGCCUAACUCCACUGACAUCAGCGAAGCUACAUUGGUUAAGAAUCUGGCCCCUUGGAUUUACACGGGCAUAACCGAGAGCAGAGCCUGUGCCACUGGGGGAUGAAGUUUGCAUCAAAGUGAUGACUCGAACUUCAGCCUCGGAAGGGAAAGAGCAUUUCUCCAUUAGUGGCGUUCCAUCCCCCAAGGAGAUUCUGCAGGGCGAAUUCACUAGAGUGAAGUUGGAAUGGGGAAAACACAGACAGGAUCAGGUAUCCUGAGCUUUCUGUUCAGUAGAAACUUUGGAUAUGUGGACUGGGGAGUGGAGGGCACUGGUCAUGAUUUUGGGUUACAGUAGCAGUGCGGUCUAGUGGUUAGAUUAGAGAACGGCCCCGGGGAUUUCAGAAGCUGAGGUUCUAACGCUGUCGCUGCAAUUUUGGUAAGUUGCUACUUAACCUCCAUGGACCCAGUUUUCUUGAGUGCGAAGGGAGAGGUUAUUUUACUUCUGCAUUUGGCACUGGUGCAACAGCUGCUGGAGUAUGGACUCUGGUUCUGAUGUGCACUGUUCAAGAAGGAAGUGGAUGUACUCGAAAGCGUUCAGAGAAGAGCCACAAGAAUGAUUAAAGGAUUAGAAAACCUGCCUCAUCGUGACAGACUCCAGAGCUCAGUCUAGUCAGCUUAGCAAAGAGGAGGGUAAGGGGUGACUUGAUUACAUUCCCUCAGCAUCUCCAUGGGGAACAAAUAUUGAACAAUGGGCUCUUCCCUCUAGCGGAGAGAGGUCGAACACGAUCCAAUGGCUGGAAGUUGAAGCCACACAAAUUUCAACUGACAAUGAGGCGGGAGGAAUGAACCAUCGGACCAAUUUCCCGAGAGUCAAGGCGGGUUCUCCAUCGCUGGCCAUUUUUUUAAAUUGCAGUUGGAUGUUUUUCCAAGGGAUCUGCUCUAAGAAUGACUUUGGGGCAGUUCUCUGGCCUGUGCUGUACAGGAGAUCAGAUUAGAUGAUCACAGUGGUUCCUUGUGUCCUUAGAAUCUAUGAAGCUCCCCUCUAAUAUAAGGAUGAUGAUAAUCACUGUACCGACCCUGUCCGGGAGCUGUGAGGCGCUUUGCUAUCGUAAUACCACACCCCUGGGUGCAGUGGCAACAGCGGGAAUGGAACCUCUGUGUCUAAAACCAGGCGUCUCCUAGCCUGAGCUAGAAGACCCUGCCCUAUUAGCCAGCGGUGUAGCAGGCUCGUCAACUGUGUAUGUGGCCCAUCCACCAUUAGCAGGGGAGAGAGAACACUACACUGGGUGGGUUUGGCUCAUGCUAUCUUGGAUGGAAGGUUCUGUAGAAUGGCUGUGUGAUGUUGUCCUAAUAAGGUGCUAAUUAUAUCCCUGAUUGACCACAGCUCACUUUUUAUAGAGGAUAGAUCCAGGUCUGUGCUCCCAUCCCAUGGACUCGGUCAUAGACCUGCAGAGCACAUGCAUAAUCCACAUGGAUAUAUUUUUGUUUCUCCUCUGAACUAGCCUCCUGAACUCUGCUUAGAAUUUUACCUCCAGUGCAGCCACACGUCUGAGAACCUGAGCAUCUUCCUUCGGGUUUUUAAGCGACCCCAGGGGAUCCGGGUGUAAUUCCUUAGGAUAACUGCAAACCAGCAAGGGGAUGUGCCGCUGCAGUUAAAGGUGAUCUGCAAAGUCGGGGGGAAGUUGGGAUUUGUGUCCUUGUGGGCUGCUUAGUGAUGGAUGAAGAAAGCCUGAAUGCAUUGUAUUAAAAUGAUUCUUACUUUACAAGUUUUUGCUCUGGUGAUGAAGGUCGGAGAGAGAAUGACUGAUUAUGAUAUUGCAAGAGACUGAACAACUGCAAGCAAAAGGAUUUUAUUUUAGGCCAUCUCUUUCAAGCAGUCUGGCUUUUGCUGACACCGGUUUAACAUCAAAAUCUAACAAAAACUGAGCAGGGAUGUCAACAACACGCACACUCUCCAGUGAAGGUGUGAGUGCUACCCCUGGGUCAGGAACUUUUUCCACAAUGCUUUUUUUUGUUGGAAAAUGCCAAUUUUGUCAACCAAAAUUUUCCCCAGGAACCUUGCCGCCUCGAAAAGAUUUGGUGGGGGGCGUAGCAGCGAUUGCUAAACGUUUUGGCAUUUUAAAACAAAAAAUUCUGGGUUUUUUUUCGAUUUCCAAUUUGAAAUACACGCAAAUUCUAAUUUUUGGCAAAAAAAGUUAAAAUUGGUUAAAAUGGAAACGAAACACUUUGACCUAAACCAAAAUGUUUUUUCAGAGUUUGCAAACACUUUUCUGACUUUUUGUCCCAAUUUGGCCUUGAGAUUCUGCAGUGAGAUCCACCCAGGGAGCUCGUGGGGCUCGACCUGGAUCCAUCCCCAUGGGUCCAAUUGCAGGAUCGGGGCUGUUGUUUUCCUCACAUGGGUCUCUUGCGCAGCAGAGAGAGAACUUUUGCAGAAUAGCAGAGGGAUUGUAAAACAUCCCCAGUUUACACUAGUGCUCCAGGAGGGAGAAAGCUCUGAAAUGACUUAGUGUUUUAGGCUGUGGGGUGUCUCUUCAGCUGGUGAGGGGAUGGUAAAUGCAGGGAAACAACUGUCUAGUCCAGGCUGCCUUCAUCAAAAUGUGUAGUUGCAAAGGCCCCCAACCCACAAUCAGAUCCAUACGGAUGGAGCUGUGUGGCUCUUGAAGUCUGUGGCCUAGUGGGUGAAGCACCAAAUUGGGAGUUGGGCAACCAGGGUUCUAUUCCUGGCUCUGUUACUGGCCUGCUGGGUGACCUUGAGAGUCAUGUCACCGCAUGCCUCAGUUUCCCCACCUGUAAAGUGCUGUGAGAUCGAGGGUGAAAAGCGCUAGAUAAGAGGUGGGGAUCGUUAAUUGUACUGUGAUCGUGCCUAGGUAGGGGCUGUAGGCAUGGACCUGGACCCCAUGGUGCUAGGGGCUGUACAAACACAGAAUGAAGAGCUGGUCCCUGCCCCAAAGAGCCGAUUGCAGGCUCUGGGCCUGAAGGUGAAAUUUUCAGGGGUGACCGAACUCUUACACUAACUCUGGGUGCUUUAAAAAUCCCAACCCCUAUACCUGUGACUAUAGAUUAGACACAAAGGGGUCUGAUUGGCUUGUGUUUUAAAGUCAACUGUACCUAAAUAACUUUUCCUCUUGGCUGAGUGUUCAUCUACGAAACAUGGUAAUUGUAGGUUCAUUGCAACGGUAGGUUCCCGAUUCUGCACUAGUGUAAAGGAGACUUGAUUUCAGUUUAACAUCUACAUCCACACCUUCUUGCUUUCUGGGGUGCUUCUGGGCCCCUCCCCCGUCUGGCCGGGGACUAUUCUGGGUGACUUCUAUCCCUACACGGCCACAAUCCUUCCGUAUGUAGUAGAUUCACGCUGCAGGCGUAAUAGUGACCCAAAUUCUACGGGGAAAAAAACAAAAUUUAAUGCUUCUCCCUGACCCCUUCUUUGUUGUUCCAGUUUUAUCGCGUGACUGUGAAUGAGUUUCUUUGCAGCACCAAGGACUCGUGGGGUAAUUCAGAUGUAGCGUUUAGCUGCUGUGGAUUAAACUGCUCUUGAAUAAUAAACAUUUAAAUUUU